AGACUUUAAUGAAUAAUUUAACAAAUAGGUCGGCUGCAGAUAAUACAAAAUUACGCCGAUCUAGUUGAGCUUGGUAAACGAACAAUCACAAAAGGAUAGAGCUUGUGAACAAUUAACAAUAUAGGUAAAGUAAAUAUAGCAUAAACUCAACUGAUCCGGUAGAUAAAUCCAUAAAGAGCUAUGCGGUUUUGGAGAUUUUUUUGUUAGUACAUUCAAAAAGGGAGACAAUAUUUAAAGACCAUCCCCUUGGGCCAUUCCUGUAAAUCACCCCUGCUAUUUGCACAUUCCUGGAAAGAUAAUUCUGGAACAUCCUUUCAUAGUAAGAGAAACAAUAUGGGGAGACUGAACAAUAAGUCAUAGGGAAAACCACACUUUCUUUUACAACUCCCAUUACUCUAUUUUGCAAAAACCAUGUUCCUUAUACAUAAAGGCAUAAAAGACAAAUAGAAAGUUACAUAAAGAUAUUACAUAAUGUGAAGUUACAGUUUGUGGUACUCACAUGUCAACCAAUAAUUACAUCUAUUAUUGCAGAAUCAGAAACAACUCUCGAGCAGCUUCACUGACUCAGUUGAACUCAUUGAAGAUGAGGAUGGUAAGAAAUGUAAGAAACCUGGUUCUUCCAGACAUUAUUAUGGUUAAUUGUGCGUAUGUUUUUGUGGGUUUUACUCUUUUUAGUACUGGUUCCAAACACUGAAAGUUUGAGUCAAUUAUAUCAAAUAUAUUUCAUCCUCCCUCCCCUUCUUGUGCUACAGUAAAGCACUUCUGUUAAUAUGAAGAAAAGUCAAGUUAUUGAAUAAAAGACCAAGUCCAAGUCUACACAAAGAAACACAAGUCAGUAAGUCUUCUCUUAAUAUUUUGAAGUGUAGAGAGUAGACGGAUCAAACAUACAAUCACCUCAGUCCAAAACUUAUGCUGAGGAAGGGUACCACACAUAUUAGUAAAAUUUCCACUAGAGAAGGACACCUUUUCCACUCAUAUGUUAUAAAUGUAAAUAAUUCUCUUACUUUUUCUAAAAAAAAUUAUCCACUGUAGUCCCUAGCACUUCAAGCAGUCGAGAUGGCCCUCUUUUUCCUCUUGCACUUACUUCUCAUAGUCAUGGUACCCUUUGCUCUGUUUGGUGAAGGAGCAAAUGAUUGCAAAGAGUCUAGGUGCAAUAGUGAAUCCCCUUCCCAUUUCACUUAUACUAUUUGUUGAGCAUAUUAAUUAUGCGUCUCAGGAGAUUAGGGUUUAUUGUCCGGGAAGUUGUACUGUGAACCUAUUGCACUUUAACUUUCCAGCAUCUCCUUUCCUCUUUAAUGAUGAGCCUCUUCUUUGUAACUUCUCCAUUUUUAGUCCUUCUGGUAUCUCAAACGGUGACUUUGGCUCACAGGAUUGCUCUGCCACCUCUGACUCUGGAUUAAUUGUUCUCAGCAAUUUCAAUACUUUGGAAGGCUACACUGAUCUUUUACAUUAUAAAAAGAUUGCGGAAAUUCCAUCUGUUCCCUGAGUUCUAGAAUACACUUUCCCCUUCCGGAUGAGUUGGUUAAAUCCAAAGUGUGGCUACUGUGAAGGUCUUGGAAUGGAUUGUGGUUUCAAGAACUAUAGCAACCCACUGGGAACUAAGUGUUUCGACAGACCAUCGACUACAAAAGGCGGAUUUAAGGAACCACUGAUUGCAGGUGGAGUAUUAGGAUUUCUUCUUUUGGGAAUUAUUCUGUUAGCACUCUAUGAGUUUUAUAGCUCAAGCAAAAUUGAAAGAGAGAAUCAAGCUAGAGUUGAGAAGUUUCUGGAAGACUACAGAGCUCUCAGGCCUACUAGAUAUACUUAUGCAGAGAUUAUAAAGAUAACAAAUAUGUUUCACGAACGAUUGGGAGAGGGAGCAUACGGGGUUGUUUAUAAAGGAACACUUUCUAAUGAAAUUCAUGUUGCUGUCAAAGUGCUAAAUGACUCCAUACGAAAUGGGGAAGAAUUUAUUAAUGAAGUUGCAGCAAUGGGGAAAAUCCACCACUUCAAUGUGCUUCGCCUCGUUGGCUAUUGCACUGAUGGAUUCAGAAACGCUCGUGUAUGAAUAUUUGCCAAAUCAGUCGCUUGACAAACUCAUUUUUCCAGCAAGUUCCAAAGAUCACAUUACCCUUAAUUGGAAGAAGCUUCAUGAUAUUGCUAUGGGUAUAGCGAAAGGACUGGAGUAUCUUCAUCAAGGAUGUGACCAACAAAUCCUUCAUUUUGACAUCAAACCCCAAAAUAUUCUGUUAGACCAUAACUUGAACCCAAAGAUUGCUGAUUUUGGUCUUGCCAAGUUAUGCUCUAAAGAGAAAAGUGUUGUAACCAUGACUGAAGCUAGAGGAACCAUGGGUUAUAUUGCACCAGAAGUAUUCUCCAGCAAUUUUGGAAAAGCGUCUCAUAAAUCUGAUGUCUAUAGCUUUGGUAUGCUGCUACUUGAAAUGGUUGGAGGGAGGAAGAAUUUUGAUGCAAAGGCCAGUAAUAGCCAAGUGAACUUUUCUGAGUGGAUUCAUCAACAAUUGAAUGAAGGAGAAGAGUUGAAAAUCAGGAUAGAGGAAGAUGAUGAUAUCAUAAUUGCAAGGAAAUUGGCUAUUAUAGGACUUUGGUGCAUACAAUGGAAUGCAACGGAUCGACCUUCCAUCAAAGUUGUUACGCAAAUGCUAGAAGGAGAUGGGAGCAAUCUAACUAUUUCUCCUCCUUUUACAGCAAGAUACACCACCCACGUAGGAGCUGGAGUGAUUGCAUGCCCUUCUAGCGAAGAGUUGACAAUGAUAUCAGAACUAGAAUGAAGGAAAGCUGCAUCUAAAGUUCUUAUGUUAGAUUCAGUACAAGUGGAAGCCUGAAUUUUAUAUAAAGUAUUUUAGUACUUCCAUUAGAUAUGUUAAGCCAUUUAGGUGCGACUGUUCAACUCUUUUACAUGUGCAAAUGAUUUAUUGUGACUGUAUCUGCUUUGUUUUUUCCUGUAAAGUAUAAGUAUUCUAAUAAACGAUUCUCAACUCAA